AUGGAAAAGUUCGACUGGCAGAAAAUAAUCAAAACCAACAUCCUCAAACUCAAAAUAGUGGGUCUCUGGCCAUCCGGAAACGAAACCUACCAAUUCAACCUGUACACCUUAUGGGUAAUUCUAUCCAUAACUUUCCUCAACUUCGGGCACAACUUCUUCCAGAUGGUCAACAUGAUUUACAUCUUCAACGACUUACACAAAAUCAUCCAAACAACGUACGUCACACUUUCCGAAAUCGCUGGUCUACUGAAAGCCUACUACGUCAUCAGAAACAUGAAAACUCUGAAAGGGCUGAUGGUCACCCUCCGAAGUGAUCUAUUUCAGCCGAAAAAUGCCAAACAACUCGCUAUGAUAAAACCCAGCUUCUUCUUCUGGAGAGUUAACUACUUCAUGUACUGGAUGAUGAGUGGAGGUGCUAUAUUUUUCUGGUCGAUUUAUCCAGUCCUGGACAAAACCAACAACGAUUUUCCGUUACCGUUCUUGGCGUGGUAUCCGUGGUCGACGAAAAAGUGGCCACAGUAUCAAUUGACAUACUUGUAUCAGAUUUUUGGGCUGCUUUUUAUCGCCACGACGGCGAUUAGUGUUGAUACUUUGAUUGCUGCUUUGAAUGUGUACAUAGGAGCACAGUUUGAUAUCUUGUGUGAUGAUCUGAAACAUAUCUUUGAUGAUGAUACUGGGUGUGAUCUUAACAAAAAAUUGAUACAUUGUGUACACCAUCACCGGGAAAUCGUCAGGUUUGCCCUCAACACCAACAAGUUUGCAAAUUGGAUAGUUCUGGCCCAAUUUUUUGUCAGUGCUGUUACGAUUGGCAUAACUCUGUUUCAAAUGACUGUGGUAAUUCCACUCAGUGGCGAAUUCUUCUCUUGUCUAUCUUUCACGUUCGCUAUGUGUGUGGAAAUUUUCAUGUAUUGUUGGUUUGGUAACGAAAUAGAACUCAAGAGCGUAAAUAUUGUGGACUCAAUUUUCAAAUCUAAUUGGCUCAACACGUCUUUAGAAGUCAAAAGAAACAUGAUUUUUUUCGUAAUGAGGUGUCGCAGACCGAUGAAGAUGUCUGCACUAAAUUUGUUUUAUUUGUCUUUGGAUACAUUUAUGAGGAUUAUGAGAACUGCGUGGUCUUAUUUUGCUCUAUUGCAUCAAGUUAGUUCAAGAUAG